AUGGCAACAACGGUGAAUGAAUUCAGAGGUGAAAUUACUUUUGCCACCACAGCAGCAACCAAAACGUAUGUGAAUCUUCAAAUGGACCACAUUAGCUCAUUGAUUCAAAAGUUUGCAACCAAACCCGUUCACAUACAAACAAUUGAGAGUGAUAAUAGAAGUAACAUACCUAUUGCGGAGGCAAUGUUCCAGAACCGGAUGACUAUUACUGAGUUGCUGGAUUCGGACUGGAGUUAUGACAUAGAGGAAUGUUUUGUUACAUUGCGUGCUCAGAUCAGUCAAAUAGAUACCUACUUUGGUUGGCACUACAUAUCGUGCAACUUAUGCAACAAAAAAAUAGAACCUAAAGAUGGCGUCUACACCUGCAAUAAGUGCGGAAAAGAAUGUGACUUCCUAUUGGUUAGGUACAAGAUACACAUUAAGGUAAAAGACAACGGAGGGAAGACAACUUUGGUUCUUUUUAAUGGGGUUGCGGAAAAGUUGCUCGAUACUUCGGCUUCUAAGUUGGUAAAUCGAAUGUCCAAAGGUGAUAUGCAUGUUCCAUCGCUAAUUGAGAGCCUCUGCGGCAAGGAUUUUGUAUUCAAGCUUAAAUUGACCAACUUCAAUUUUAAAGAGGGGUUGGAAAAUUAG